UUUAAAGAAGGUGCUCCAGAGCAGAGUGCUGCACCGACUGAGAGAUUACUUCAUCGGAUAUAAAAUGACAACUGUGAAUUCCACUGAGUUUUACUUUGAGAAGAAUAAUAAGGAGCACCGAACGGAUGAGAUUAGCAUCAAGCGACUGAUACUCAGACGUGGGCAGGAAUUCCACAUUACAGUGAACUUCAGUCAAAAUGGGUUCAGAGAUAAAGCUGACAAAAUUGUACUCAUUGCAGAGACAGGAUUGAAAGCAUCAGUUACAUCUGGAACCAAGAUUUUUAUGCCACUUUCAGACUCGUUAGGUAAAGGUACAUGGAACACAAGGGUUCUUUCCCAGAGCGGGGAUGUACUGUCACUGGCUAUCAUCUCUUCGCCAAAUGCCAGGAUUGGGCGUUACACCUUGAAUCUGCAAGACACAACAGAAGAACAGGUUUCUGAGCUGGGAGAAUUUGUCCUGCUUUUUAACCCAUGGUGCACAGAGGAUGAAGUCUUUCUGGACAAUGCUGAACAGCGAGAGGAGUAUGUGAUGAACGAAACUGGAAUUAUCUUCCAGAAUAAGAGUAAUUUCAUCUGCUCUAAACCAUGGAUCUUCGGACAGUUUCAUGAAAAAGUUGUGGAUAUAUGCCUCAAAUUACUGGACAAAAAUCCCAAAUGCUUAAGAAACCCAACUAAGGACUACAUACGAAGAAAUGAUCCUGUUUACAUCAGCAGGGUGGUGACAGCGAUGGUGAACUCUGACGAUGAUAGUGGCAUACUUGAGGGUCGAUGGUGUCCACCAUAUGAUUCCGGAAAGCCUCCUUCACGAUGGAUGGGAAGUUUCAGCAUCCUUUAUUCCUGGAAUAGAAAUAGUUGCCUGCCAGUUCGUUAUGGGCAAUGCUGGGUGUUUGCUGCAGUGGCUUGCACAGUUUUGAGGUGUUUAGGAAUUCCUACACGUGUGGUCACAAACUUUGAAUCUGCGCAUGACACCAAUGGGAACUUAACUGUUGACAAUGAGGUUGAUGAAUACGGGGGAAUGAUUGGAAGGAGCAAAGAUAGUAUUUGGAAUUUCCAUGUCUGGAUAGAAGCUUGGAUGGCUCGAAAUGAUCUCAAGCCUGGUUUUGAUGGAUGGCAGGUGCUGGAUCCAACACCACAGGAGAAAAGUGAAGGAGUCUAUUGUUGUGGACCAGCUCCAGUCAAAGCAAUAAAAGAAGGGCAACUGGAUGUGAAGUUCGAUGUUCCGUUUGUGUACGCAGAGGUCAAUGCAGAUAAAGUGGACUGGCUCUGCUACAGAAAUGGUAGAAAGGAAAAGACAUUUAUUAAUUCCACAUAUGUCGGCCAAAAGAUCAGUACCAAGGCUGUUGGGAGCAAAGAACGCGAGGAUAUCACAGCAAAUUACAAAUACCCUGAGGGCAAUGCUAAAGAAAGAAUGGUUUUCAGUAUCGCUGAGCUGAAGAAUAAGCAUGAGUUUCUGAAAGAGAAGCAAUUCAAUUUGUCUGUGCAGACUGAAGAGUCUAUCUCAGUUGGCAAAGAUAUUAAUGCUUUUGUGAACAUCACUAACAAAAGUGACAAGAGAACUGAAUACAAGCUGAACUUUUGUGCUCAAGUGAUAAGGUACACUGGGAAACCCAUAAAGGAAAGUAUAACAAAGAACAUCAACAAAAUUGUUGUUGAACCCCAUGCAGAGAAACCUGUCCCAAUAGAACUGACUUACAACGAUUAUGGUAAAUUGCUUAUCGAACACAACCUGAUCAAGCUGACAGCUGUUGGAAGCGACACAGAAUCAAAUGAAACUUUGUUUGCCACAAAAAUCAUCAGUCUGGAAAAUCCGAGCGUCGACAUUAAGUUCCUGGAUGAGCCAGUGCAGAAUCAAGAGGUGAAAGUAGAAAUCUAUAUCGCAAACCCUCUGCCUGUACCUCUAAAUCAAUGUGUCUUGACAAUUGAAGGACCUGGACUGAUUGACUGGUUCGAGACAAGAAUUGAUGAGAUCAGUGUAAAUCACGCAACAACAGUGCAGAUUACAAUCGUACCAACCAAAUCAGGCAUGAGGGACCUCUUGGUGGAUUUUGAUUGCGAUAAAAUUAAGGAUGUCAAAGGAUUCAAAACCAUCACCGUUAAAAGUGCCUGAAACUUUCCAAGUCACACUGCAGUUGUGUGCAUCACUUUAGCGUGUUCUAAGAUACUCAGCUUCUCACACAGAAUUAUUAACAUACAUGUCAAGAUUUACUUUGAUCAUGCAUUGCUAAAGUUGGGUAUUUUUGCAAGAUGCUGUCUUCAAUCGGGUUUUCAAGGAAUGUUUUAUUAAAAAAAUGCCUAACUCACAGGGAA